UUCAUCAAUCCAACGCAAUCUCAAUGGCUAAUUCCUAUCUCAUUUCCUUCCUACGACUCAUACUAGUUUCAAUCACUUUAGCGUCAAUAAGUGGUGGGAUGAUCACUAAGGCACGUAACCUUUUGGAGAUACCUGAGGUUCCAAAGCCUGAACUUCCAGAGAUUCCGAAGCCCACUCUUCCUGAGCUUCCGAAGCCCACAAUUCCUGAGAUUCCAAAACCCACACUUCCCGAGCUUCCGAAGCCCACACUUCCUGAGAUUCCAAAACCCACUGUUCCUGAGAUCCCCAAGCCCACAGUUCCAGAGAUCCCGAAACCCACAGUUCCUGAGAUCCCGAAGCCCACAGUUCCUGAAAUUCCAAAACCCGUACUUCCUGAGCUUCCAAAACCCACUCUUCCUGAAAUUCCGAAGCCCACACUUCCUGAGAUUCCAAAACCCACUGUUCCUGAGAUUCAGAAGCCCACACUUCCUGAGAUCCCCAAGCCCACUGUUCUUGAGAUCCCGAAGCCCACAGUUCCUGAAAUUCCAAAACCCGCACUUCCUGAGCUUCCAAAGCCGGAGUUGCCUACUUUGCCCAAACCAGAAGUACCAAAGGUGCCAGAAAUCCAUGACCUUCCUAAGCCCACCUUGCCCAAACCAGAAAUACCAGAGUUGCCCAAGGACUUCCCUAAACCUUCUCUACCCCAUCCUUAGAGACCUACUUUUGUGAAAGCUUGUGAUGUAUUCGCUACUACUAAUGUUACUUCCAAGAGAUUCUUCAUUUAGAGUAUUCCCUAAAUAUUGAAUGAUUAUUUAUGUGUGGUCUGUUGUUCUGUCGAACAAUUUAUGUAUGUUGAAUUUAUGCACCUUGAUUAUAUUAUACUCUACUGAUAGAGUAGCGUUGAAUCA